AUGGCAGAAUUCGAUUUAACUGGUAAAAUUGGACAAUAUUUAGACAGGCAUUUAGUUUUUCCAUUGUUGGAAUUUCUAUCUGUGAAGGGGAUAUACGACAAAAAUGAAUUACUUCAAGUAAAACUUGAUAUUUUGAAUAAGACUAAUAUGUUGGAUUAUGCAAUCGAUAUUAGAAGAUUGUUAUAUCCAUCAGAAGAACCUGAAUCGUUAAAAGCAAGAAGAAAUGUGGUAGUUCAAACUUUGCAGGAAUUGCAAAAUGAAGCAUCAGUAGUUGUGAGAAUAAUGUCAGAUGAAAACACGAGAAAGCAAAUGGAAACAAUGAGAGAUUCGAAAACUUUAGUUAGCUAUUUGCAAACUCAAUUUGAUUUCAAGCUUGAAAUGAUGGAUGUAACCUAUAGAUUGGCCAAAUACAGAUAUGAAUGUGGAAAUUAUUCCAAUUCCACCAGUUAUUUAUACUUCUACAUGUUGGUUAUGCCUCCAACUGAUAAAAAUUAUUUAAAUGUUAUGUGGGGAAAGCUUGCCUCUGAAAUUUUAUUACAAAAUUGGGAUACAGCUUUAGAGGAUUUAAACAAGCUCAGGGAUUUUAUCGAUGGAAACAAUUUCAGUUCUUUACAGUUAUUACAACAGAGGACAUGGUUAAUUCAUUGGAGUCUUUUUGUUUUCUUUAAUCAUCCGAAAGGUAGAGAUAACAUUAUCGACAUGUUUCUUUAUCGAGCACAUUAUUUGAAUGCUAUUCAAACCAUGUGCCCUCACAUUUUGAGAUAUUUGGCUACAGCUGUUGUAAUUAACAGAUCUAGAAGAAGUUCUCUUAAAGAUCUUGUUAAAGUAAUUCAGCAAGAAUCUUACACUUACAGAGAUCCCAUUACUGAAUUCAUUGAACAUUUAUAUGUCAAUUUUGAUUUCGAUGGAGCCAGGCAAAAACUCCACGAAUGCCAUACAGUUUUAUUUAAUGAUUUCUUUCUAAUAGCUUGUCUGGAAGAAUUUGUUGAAAAUGCCAGACUUAUGAUUUUUGAAACUUUUUGUAGAAUACAUCAGUGUAUCAGUAUUGGAAUGCUGGCACAAAAGCUUAAUAUGAAUCCAGAUGAGGCUGAAUGUUGGAUUGUUAACUUGAUUCGUAAUGCACGCCUCGAUGCAAAAAUUGACUCCAAAUUGGGACAUGUGGUUAUGGGCACACAACCUGCCUCACCUUAUCAACAACUCGUUGAAAAAAUUGACAGUUUGUCUGUGAGGUCUGAGGCUUUACUAAAUUUAAUAGAAAGAAAAGUGAAAGCGAAACAAGAAAGUCGUUGGGGAGCUCAAGAUUUUUAUUAA